AUGUCCGUGCGUUCUCCAAGCCAGACGCAGGUCAAAUGCCCGAUUUGUCUGGAACGCUACGCCAUCCCGGACACUCAACAACUGAGUUGUGAGCAUCGUUUUUGUUUGACGUGUCUCAAUCUGUCGGCCAAUCUGGCCACUUGUCCAAUGCCGGGCUGCGGAACGCCGAGAAAUAUCGAGGUUUUGGUGGAUGAGAUUGAUGACAAUGAUGAUUCGGCUGGAGUUGACGAUGAGGGAGAGAGGCACAAUCGAAUUGUCUUUGGUCCAAACAUGCUUCAAUUGGAAGAGAGACAACGGUAAAAAAAAAUUUAACGGCGGGAAAAUUGAGAUUUUAAUUUCGACUCCAAGCAUUUUACACCGCAUUUUUAUAUUAAAUAUUUUCAGCUGCGAAGUGAUUCGUGGGAUGUUCCAGUGUGUGAAUGUGGCUCGACUCACCACCAUCGACUGUCACCAUAGAGUUUGUUUCGACUGUGUCGCCAAAAGUGUAACUCAAUCUGAUUCUCUUUGUGAGUUAUACCAUUUUAUUUCUUUCGUCUGCAAAUCUAUUGAUAAUUCUUUCUUGCAGCUGAACCUCCGAGAUGUCCGAUUGCCAGAUGCGCCAAUUUUCUGUGCAGAGCCGAGGUUAUGUUGGUGGCCGAGAAGUUGUUACCUUUGAUGCCGGUCUACAAAAGAAUUGCUCAGAGCCUCCCCGAAGUCAGCGAUGAAAACAAACCAACGGUGAGAUUAUCAUCUAGCUGACCCAAUGUAAAGUAUUCAGUUGAAAGACGAAUUGAGGAUCUACUGUUCAGUUUAUGGAGGAAAUGCGAGCUCCAAGAUCAUCAACAUCCCCAGGAUCUGCAGUAUCUCGGACAUGGUCAAUGCGAUUAUGCAAAUUCUCAAAGUUGAUCGAAACCGUACCCCGUUGUCCAUCGGAAUCUUUAUUAGAGUCGAUGGAGGUGAUGAUCUCGUCGUUUUUCUAUCUGAUGUAUCUAGACCAUGUAAUCUUUUGAUUGAUCUUUUCAGCCUCGGAGAAGAUGAAAUCGCGCUAUGAGAACUUGAACAUCAGUGCGUUGGCCAAGAAGAUGGUUAAGGAUUCAGGACUGCCCGAUAGAUCGCAUAUUGUGCUUGACCUCAACAAUGAACUUCGCCGUUGA